GGCCACAGAGCAGCGGCGGCAGCGCGCCUGCGCAGUGCAUCCAGGGACUCGGCAGCGAUCGGUGCUGAAGUGGGGCGGAUGGCUGAAAAAAUAGCGGCGAUGGACACUAUUCCGCAGGAUUGCCCCGCGCGAUGCCGUUAGAUAAGCAUCGGGACGUCGCAUUUCCCGUCUCCUAUGACUCCCCGACGCUGACAGCCCCGACACGAAGGGGAUGCUGCACAGCCACUGUUCCCUGCGCUCUCGAGUCAAUCAAUGAUCCUUUCAGUGAGAUCUGAGGAAGCUUAGGAGGCGACGGUCGAGAGGAGAAAAGGGAGAAGGUGAAUUAAGGACGAAAGGCGUGGACGGUGACCAGAUCUCACUUCAGCUCCCGUGUAUCUUUUCUCACCACUCGCUCAGGGAUGGUGACACCAGUAGUCUCUUUUCCCUGUGGUGAAAGAACCUGCUCUCCUUGUCCAGCGUCCCCUGGAAGCCAAACCGCCAGUCCGUUUGCCAAACACCGACACAGUCCACAAGUCAGGAGCUCUGCCGCCAUUCAGCAAACUAUUACCUCACGCAAUGACUGCUCUGUCUGAACUGUGUUUAGGAAUUCUUUAAUUCAUGCCCCUGAGUGUGAGUGGAGUGGAGAUGAGGAAAAGGCAGGCGGCUCAUAUCGAGGCCCCACCCCAGGCCCCCGGACAGCCCCGGCCCAACAACUGCUGCCUCUGCUGGUGCGGCUGCUGCAAGUGUCUCUGGAACGAAGACAGAAUGGAGAGGAGCGAGCGGCAGACGUGCACCAAGAUGGACAGCAUCGAAGCAGCUGAAGAACAAAACCCCAGCCUGGAGGACGUGCUGUCGUGGGCCCGGAGCUUCGAGAUGAUGCUGCGCUCGCUGGAGGGCCGGGAGGUCUUCCAGGAGUUCCUGCGCUCCGAGUACAGCGAGGACAACCUGCUCUUCUGGCUGGCGUGCGAAGAGCUGAAGAAGGAGACCGACCCCACAGUGGUGGAUGAGAAGGCCAGGAUCAUAUAUGAAGAUUACGUGUCUAUAUUAUCGCCCAAAGAGGUGAGUCUGGACUCCCGGGUCAGAGAAGGAAUAAACCAGAGCCUGGCGGAGCCCAGCAACCUGAUGUACGAGGAGGCCCAGCUCCAGAUCUACACCCUGAUGCACCGCGACUCCUUCCCCCGUUUCCUGAACUCCUCUGUUUACAGAGACCUCCUGGCCAGCAGGAGGCGCACCUGCCUCGACACUUAAACUUUUACACCCUUUCGUCAUUGCCAUCGUACACCAACAAGACUACUUCUUAAACUUCAAAUACUACUAUGGUGCCAGAAGUUGGGUUUGAAAAGUCUCUCGCUCUGUUUUAACUGAAGUGACUGAAUGACAUCCAAAAACAGCUGGUUGGUUUUUUUAUUUAUAUUUUUUUAAGCAAUUUCUAUCCAGCUCCCCGCUGGGGCUAGGUCGGCCUUUGUUGGCUGCUUAUUGGUCAGUUUGAGACCAUUAAUGCUGGCCAGUGAUUGUUUUGCUAGCAGUUUGUGCUGUUUGUUUCCUUUGAGCAGCCGGCCCACGCAUCGGCCAUCUGUUGAAACGACCGACCUGAUGGCCAGGCGCCGACUAGUGGUGGACGAGGACUCCUCAGGUGGUGAGGACAGAAAGAGAGAGACACAAAGGACAAAUCCACUGUUCCCGUACUGUAAUAUUUAGACCUCACACUUUUUACCCUUACUUUUGAAAAAUUCUGUCUUAAUUUGCUCAUUUUUCAUCUAUUUUCAACUUUUUUAAAAAUCUGUCUCAUUCUUCAGCUUUAUUUAACUUUGUUUGACUUUUGUAUGUGUUCACGGUCCGAACGGGACGCCCAGUUGUUGAUGUUGAAUAGGGGCACCUGAGCCCUUUCGACCUGUAGAAGCACUGACUGCAUGCAGCUCUCUUUCUCUACUGUAGCUUGACGAUAUAAGCCGUGGACUGCAACCGUUUCCGAAUACCGAGAGGUAUUAAGGCAGGGGAGCUGUACCUUUGUCUAGCCGUCUGUGUUCAGCCAGGGGGAAAAAGUCAACUUCUGCCAAUUUUAAGCUCACUGCAGGUGUUUUAGGGGGAGAUUUAAAGGUGUCUGCUGCAGAGGCAGAGGCACCGACCCGCCCACGCAUCCAUCCAUCCCUCCAUCCAUCCGCCCAUCCACCAGUGCACCUCUCCGUCCAAACACUUUCCUCCCUUUGAAUUCUUUACUGGGAGAAGUAAGGGCUAGACCUGUGGUUGGGCAGCUACGUCUUCUUUAACUCAGAAACUUCACACACGCACACACCAAAAAAAAAAAAAAACG